GCUUUCAAGAGUUUUCUUGAAGAAGAAGAAACAGUACCAAUUUCUUUUUGAGAUCGAUAUCAUGCCUAGAACAAACGCAGACCCUCUAGUUCUCGGCCGUGUCGUCGGGGACGUUUUGGAUUCCUUCACUAGGUCGAUCAGCCUUAGUGUUGGUUAUGGUAACAAAGAAGUGAGUAACGGUUGCGAAUUCAAGCCAUCUAAAGUUGUCAAUCAGCCUAGGGUUGAAAUCGGAGGUGAUGAUCUCCGUACCUUUUAUACCUUGGUGAUGGUGGAUCCUGAUGCUCCAAGCCCAAGUAAUCCAAACCUAAGGGAGUACUUGCAUUGGUUGGUAACUGAUAUUCCGGCCACAACAGGUGCAACAUUCGGUCAAGAAAUUGUUUGUUAUGAGAGCCCAAGGCCAACCAUGGGAAUCCACAGGUUCGUUUUCGUGCUUUUCCAGCAGCUCGGGAGGCAGACGGUGUACGCGCCUGGGUGGCGCCAGAACUUCAACACCCGAGACUUUGCUGAGCUCUACAACUUAGGAUCUCCUGUGGCAGCCUUGUACUUCAAUUGCCAGAGGGAGAGUGGCUCCGGAGGUCGAAGAAGACCAGAAUAGAACCAAAAGAAAGCCUCAUGAUUUAGUUCGUGAGGCUAUUUCAAUGUCCAUGCAUCAUUGCGGGGCUAUUUAAUCUCUCUCUCACAACAUCUACAUAUAAUCCAAUGGGAAUGAUAACAAUAAAGUUAUAGACUCUUUUGGGAGAAUAUCAUACUAUAUCAUCACAUAUUUUGUAUCCUUUUUUUUUUAUGAAUAAG